AUGCCAUCCUCAAUAACCCUCACAGUCAGCCACCUCCCGACCUCCACUUCCUUCUUCCUCUCCUGUCUCCAGCCCCUCGACUACGUCUUCCGCGGCCGACAAGACCAAACCAUCGGGUUCGGCCCCGCCUCGCCGGCCACCACACCGCCCGAUUUCUGGAUCACCCAAGAAAUCCCGGGCGUACCCGCUGGCGCAGCACAUGUCGCUUUCCCAGCCUCGUCGCGCGCACAAGUCGAGGCUUUCUUCGUCGCGGCGCUGAAAGCCGGCGGGAAAAUUCACGGCGAGCCCUCGCAGCGCGAUGCAUCGGGAUACUUUUCCGCCGCGGUGAUUGAUUUCGAUGGCAAUUCUAUCGAGGCGGUGUAUAGGCCUGUCAUUGAGAAAGGAGAUGGGCAUGAGACUGGAAGCGGGAGUGAAGUAGGCAAGAACAGCAACAAAGUUAUCGCCGGUACAGUCGUCUCACAGGCCAAAAGUAAGGCAUCUGCAGCUCCCUCGGCUGCCAGGAGUGUCGUGACUGGCGUGUCUGGUGCGAAACCUCAGGCUCCUUCGUCGAUCGGAGCGAAGAGUGUGGUCACCGUUGCGAAAGCUCCUUCUACUGUCGUGUCUCAGGCGAAGACCAGACCUGCUUCGACGGUUGUCUCGCGAGCAGCACCAAGCAGAGCAACGACAGCACCGCCACCGCCGCCGUCAGCACUGUCUCAAGUCCGCAGCGUGACUGCUCCGUCUUAUGUCGGCAGUCUAGCAGGGCAGACGCAGAUCCAAAGACCGGUACAGACACAGAUACCGCAGCAGGUCGAGCAUCAACAACAACCAGCACAAGCAAAGUCAUCAUCCGACAUGCUGAACACAUUGAUCAACGACGCCCGAACAGCUGCCAGCGUUGCAAGGGAUCUGGUGAACAGCGUCAAACCGAAUCUGAAUGCCAAUACCAACCCGGCCUUGCCAGCAGCAGCAGAUGGACAGUCCAACGGUGCGUCUACUACCGCCAGUGGUGGCGCGGGAGCAGGAGAAGCCAUCGUCGGAACUCUCCUCGGCGUGGCAGCGGGAGCGGCGUUACAUUAUGCAUUCAGCAGCCACAGUCGGUCGAAAGAAAAACUCGAGACAACCCGACAACAACAACAACUGCAACUGCAAGACGGUUAUGGUAUUGUUGGUCCUCCAAUGGUGACCCGUCCAUCCGUGGUCGGUCGCAACAUCACAGAUCCGACUCCUCUGCCUUUGAGAACGGAGUAUGCUUAUGGCUACGAAUACGGUCAACAAUCGACAGUCGGGUCGGGCGUGUAUCCUGGGUAUUACAGUGAAACAGGAGGAAAGGGAAAAGGAACAGUAUAUUAUCGCGCCAUUGAACCUGGACCAGCCAUGUCUGGCUAUACCGCGGGUCGAAGUGGGAGCCACUGCUCCUGUAACGAUGGUGAUGGACCCCAUCUGAUCGCGAUGCAGGACAACGACAUCGAGAACAAUAGCAGUGUCCAUCAUUCAUCUCAUUCCACUCACUCAGUGUCGACCAUUCGUCCAUCAGCAUCGCAUGCGAAAUCUAGCUCUACCUUGAGCUUGAAUGCUGGAUCUCAAGCGUCUGCGUCUGCGUCUGCGUCACAGGUUUCGCGACAAUCGAGCGGAUCAAAGAAAAGCAACGUGACCGUGACCAGGAGCGGGAGUGUCAAGAUGAAAUUCAUGAAUGCUCCGCCCACAAGUUAUCGUGCCCCGACGGUUCUUACCGCUGCAGAAACACAACUGGUGGCAGGGUCUUCCGCGGCAAAAUCGUCUCACUCGACUUCUGCGGGAGGCGGUUCUAGACGGUCGUCGUCCCGCUCGCGCAGCUUGUCUCGCGUCAUGGGAUUGAGGGGUGGUGAUGGUGGGUCGGAGGCGGGCGAUAAAGCGUCCAAAGCGUCUCAUCGGUCGCAUUCCCAAUCAAGGAUGAAUGGUAGCAUUCACAGUCACAGCCACAGUCACGCGUCGUCGAGGAGAAGUCGAAGGGAUCGAUUCGAUGAUGGAGACGACAACGGUAACGGCAAUGCCAACGACAGAAACGAUGAGAAUGCAGACGAUGAGGUCAAAACGGUGGUCCAUCGUUCUUCUGUCGCCUCUUCCUCCUUGUCCAAAAAGCUCCAUGGCCACGAUGGGGGCAGUGGUACUGGCAAGGAAGCGCACGAGUAUCCACUCCCUCCAUCUCGAGCGGCGACUUGGGCCGGGUCAGACGCUAGUCGGGGCAAGGGGAUUGGGGUUGGCGUUGGGAUUGGGAGUCUCGUCUCGGCGGCAUCCGGACGUUUGAUGCCGGGGAAACAUAUCUCUGCGCCACGGACUGUUAUUGGGAAAUUGAAUCCUUUGCGCAACAGUGGUGGUGGUGUUGGUGUGGGUGGUGAUACGAUAUCCGUGGUGUCCAAACAGAAAGAUCUCGCCGAUCUCGAUGUCCCGGAUCGUGAAGUCAGGCCUGAGGACAGUGUGAGUCAGGUGUCGGUGGAGAGUCGAAGGAGUAAGAGGAGUAGUAGUGGGCGGUGA